UGCACACGAUGCCGUCACCGCGCCGUCGCCACGCCGACGCCGCGCAAUUACUCUGUAGAUACGAGUCGCGCGAAGCCCGCCACCGCGCCGCUCCCGCGCCGCCACCGCGCGCGUUCGCCUCCUUCCCUGCUGUUUGAUUCAUUCCAUUACCGGCCGCGUACGAACGUGCACGCCGCGAGAUCGCACGUGACGCAAACAUGUCUUAUAUAAUGAAAAAAAAGAAAUUUGUGCUUGCCUACUAUAUGUAUAGAAAAUGGCAAAAAGAACGUCGAGUUAGAAAGUUGUGGGUUCAUCCUAUGCUGUCGGCACGGGAGCAAUUUGGUGAAUUUCAUACACUUUACGAAGAUCUCCGAAAAGACGAGGCCAAGUUUUGUGAUUAUUUUCGAAUGAAUUACAAGACAUUUGAUAAAUUAUUAGAUUUAUUAAAGAAUAAACUGCAACACACAAAUACAAAUAUGCGAGCAAGUAUAUCUGCUAAGGAGAGAUUGGUUGUUACAUUGAGGUAUUUAGCAACCGGAACUUCAUUAGCCGAUCUUGAAUAUCGUUUUAGAAUGGGAAAAUCAACUUUAAGCGUAAUCAUACGAGAAGUGUGUUCUCUAAUAUGGUCUGAACUUUACCCAAAAUAUAUGAAAAUGCCAUGUAUAAACGAUUGGCUAGAAAUAGCAAAUAAAUUUGAAGUGUCUGCUAAUUUCCCUCAUUGUGUCGGUGCUGUAGAUGGAAAGCACAUCAGAGUAAUAAAACCAAAUAAAAGUGGAUCGAUGUUUUUGAACUACAAACAUUACUUCUCGAUUGUAUUAAUGGCAGUCGCCGAUAGUGACUACAACUUUAUUUAUAUCAGUGUCGGUGCUUAUGGAAAGGAUUGUGAUUCAGGUGUUUUUAAAGACACAGCUUUCUGGCACAACAUGAUUAACAAUACUUUGAACUUGCCAGGACCUACUUCCUUACCUAAUACCAACAUUGCCUUGCCAUAUGUAUUCGUAGGUGAUGAAGCAUUUGCAUUACAUCAGAAUUUACUGCGCCCAUAUAAUAGUCAAAUGCUUGAUGCAGAAAAAUCCGUUUUCAAUUAUCGGUUAACAAGAGCGAGACGAUAUGUAGAAUGCACCUUUGGGAUACUGGCCAAUAAGUGGCGAAUUUUUCAUCGACCUUUAAAUGUGUCAUUGGAUUUGGCUGUUGAUGUUGUGAAAGCUUGUUGUUUACUGCAAAAUUUUAUACACAAAGAGGAGGGCGUAAAAGGGGUCCAAGAAUCUCUAAGCGGGUGUGAAUUAGAGGAGUUUUUGCCAUUUGAUUCAACAGAAAUGGUUCCUACAACAGCUAAUGAAAUAUGUGACAAAUAUAAGGAGAGGGAGGGGAACGCGCGCGGUGGCGGCGCGGCGGCGACGCGGUGGCGGGCUUCGCGCGACUCGUAUCUACAGUGUAAUUGCGCGGCGUCGGCGCGGCGACGGCGCGGUGACGGCAUCGUGUGCAGGAACGCUCAGGGUGUGAUGCACCGUGUCGAAUGGCGCACCACACUCGUGGCAGGAGGGUGA